CACGACUUUCUUGUUGACAUUGUUCCUUUAAUUUCUGCUUCUUGCAUCUCUGGUUGUGGGGGUUGCUCUUCUUUCUGGUUAAAUUGGCCACUUCGAUUCCUUCAAUCCCACCAACCAGUCCCUUUCUUUUCUAAUCCGCGAUGUCAUUCUUGCGUGUCGCUUCGAGGCGAAUGCCUCUCGCAAAGCGAGUCAUUCCUAGCAUUGAGUCACCGAUUCAGCGACGAUUCGCCUCGGUCGCUACCAACAUUCCUCAGGAUGUGAAGAAGCAAGUCAAGAAGGAGGCAUCUUUGCCCAACCCCGACCCUGCUGCGGAUUCGGCGACAAUGGCUUUCAUCGAGGAACGAGCCCCAUACAUGGUCCCUACCUAUGUCCGACCGGCUCCUAUGAUGAUGAAGGGACAAGGCUGCUACCUGUGGGAUAUGGAGAACAGACGCUACCUGGAUUUCACCGCUGGUAUUGCUGUCAACUCUCUUGGUCACUGUGACACGGAGAUCGCACAGAUCAUUUCUGAGCAGGCCGAGACUCUUCUUCAUGCAUCCAACCUUUACCACAACCCCUGGACCGGUGCCCUUAGCAAGUCGUUGAUCACAUUGACCCGGGAGUCCGGUGCUAUGCGCGACGCUUCGCAAGUGUUCAUUUCCAACUCAGGAACCGAGGCCAACGAGGCUGCCAUCAAGUUCGCCCGCAAGGUCGGCCGCUCUAUUGAUCCCUCGGGCGCAAAGCAUGAAUUUGUCUCCUUCCACAACUCAUUCCACGGCCGUACUAUGGGCGCUCUCUCCGCUACUCCCAACCCCAAGUACCAGACUCCCUUCUCUCCUAUGAUCCCGGGUUUCAAGUACGGUGACUACAACAAUGUCGAGCAGCUCCAGACUCUCAUCACAGACAAGACCUGUGGUGUGAUCGUGGAGCCCAUCCAGGGUGAGGGUGGUGUUAACAUUGCUACCCCCGAGUUCCUUGUCGCUCUGCGCAAGCGAUGCGACGAGGUCGGUGCCGUUCUGGUCUUCGAUGAGAUCCAGUGCGGUCUCUCCCGUACCGGUUCUUUCUGGGCCCAUGGCCAUCCUUCCCUGGCACCCGCCUCUGGUGAGGCAGCCCACCCUGAUAUCCUGACCACCGCCAAGGCUCUUGGUAACGGUAUCCCCAUCGGCGCUACAAUUGUCUCUGGUAAGACUGUCGCCGAGCACAUCAAGACUGGUGAUCACGGAACCACCUUUGGCGGUAACCCCCUUGCCUGUCGUGUUGCGCACCACAUUGUCUCACGUCUCGCAUCUUCCGAGCUGCAGAACUCGGUUGAGACCAAGUCCGCUCUGUUUGUUGCGGGCUUCCAGGACCUGCAGAAGAAGUACCCCGAUAUCGUCGGAGAGAUUCGUGGUCGCGGUCUCAUCCUGGGUCUCCAGCUUUCUGAUGCCUUUAAGGCCAACGCCGCUGAAUUGAUCGGUGCCGCCCGUGAGAGAGGACUCUUGGUAAUCACUGCUGGCGAUGGCUGCCUCCGCUUUGUUCCUCCCUUGAACAUCACUGAGGAACAGAUCAAGACUGGUCUCAAGAUCCUCGAGCAGGCCCUGGAAGCUGUUGUUGCUAAGCAAUAGACUUUGAUUUUAAUUAUAUACAAUAGAAUUAUAUCCCAUUGAAAGAGGUUUUCGCACGACAAGUUAAUGGGUGUUGUAUAGUUUUCUCAAUUUUUGGAUUUUAUCGUCAGCGGCUUCUGGCGGGUAUUGUCGAUCCAUGCCCAUUUUGCUGGUUUCUAUUUUCUGUCUUUAC